AACCAAAUAGAUGAUUUCAAAAUAUUAAUUUAACUUUAAAUUGAGAAAACUAAUGAACGCUAUAACGCCGUCGCAUAUUUAACAGCGGGCGCCUUCACUUAACCUAACUUACGUCAGCUCCGUCACCGUCACCGUCAAUUUAUCCGCCCUUCAUAAAGCAAAAUUAGGCUAUUUUUCCUCCAAAAGCUUCACCUCCAAUGGCAAUGGCGAUCCCCUCCUAUCAACCCCACUAACCACCCCCAACCCACCACACCCCACCCCUCCCCUACAAAACCUUCCUUCUAGAUCCUAAUCACAAUUGAAAUUCGGAAUUAUUUGAGUCAUUAAUUUAAUGCAAUGGAGCUGAAAACGAGCCGGAAGAAACCAUCAAGCAUGUCGAAUAUGCUCGGUCCGGGCUUCCGAUUCCACCCGACCGAUGAGGAAUUGGUGCAGUAUUAUCUGCGGCGAAAAACCAGCGGAAAAUUUUGCCGAUUCGACGCUAUUACUGAUGUCGAUGUCUACAAGGUCGAGCCCUGGGAUCUUCCAUACAUGUCAAAGCUGAAGACCAGAGAUUUGGAGUGGUAUUUCUUCAGUUUCCUGGACAAGAAGUAUGGCAAUGGAGCGAGAACAAACCGGGCAACUGAAAAGGGGUAUUGGAAGACGACAGGAAAGGAUAGGCCCGUAUAUCACAAAAGGCAGAUUGUUGGUAUGAAGAAAACUCUUGUUUAUCAUUGUGGACGGGCCCCCAAGGGUCAGAGGAGUAACUGGGUCAUGCACGAGUACAGGCUUGCUGGUUCGGAGUUGGAGAACGCUGGAGCUGCUAAGGAUGCGUUUGUUGUCUGCCGAAUCUUUCAAAAGAGUGGUUCAGGGCCAAAGAAUGGUGAGCAGUAUGGGGCACCAUUUGUGGAAGAGGAAUGGGAUGAUGAUGAGUUGGUAUCGGUUCCACAGGACGAUGCUAGGCAGGAAAUUGACUUUGGUGAUAAUGCAUAUCUGAACUGCGACGAUCUUCAGCAGAUUCUUGGGUCAGAUGUUCCUUUGAACAUUACUCCUGUCAGCUCAGAUGGCAGCCAUGAUGGCGAAGCUACUAAUACUUUUGGUGGUACCCAGAAUCCCUUCGAAUUUGCAGGUGAUGGCUAUGGUGAAUCCAAGAUGUGUUAUGAUCCGAACAUACAAAAUUUACCUGCCAAACAGGAGGGCCUUGGUGCAUGCAGCAAGUCUGGGAACUCUGAAUUUGCUGAUGAUCUUAGUCUCUUCCUGAAUGAACCAUUCCUCGAUUCUUUUGAAAAUUUCCCAAAUGCUGAUGAAGGAUUCAUUGAAGCUAAUGAUCUCUCAAAUCCUUAUGAAACUAAUACUAGUACUUUUGAUAUGCUUGCGGAAUAUCUUGAUGCUAGUGAUGAUAAUAGUUCACUUUACUUUUCAAGUGAUCCUGCCAUGAUCUUUGGAAACGAGGAUCUUGCUUCUAAUCAGACAUUGCUUCCUCAGAUGAAUGUGGGCAAUGAAACUGAGAAAGCGAUAUUGCCAAGUGGACAACUUAUCGACAAUAAUAACUUUGAUGCUGCAUUCUCACCCAAUAAGCACACGUCUACAGAAUAUCAAUCAGAUAUCCAGUACCCGUAUAUCAAACAGGCAAGUCGAAUGCUGGGCAACAUCCACGCUCCACCAGCAUAUGCUGCAGAGUUUCCCUCCAAAGAUGCAAUUCGCCGUCUCAAUUUUGUUACUCGAUCUCCCAGUUCAGUGGAGCUCAGCGCCAGCACAAUUCGGAUAAGAAACUUGAACACGUGUGGCAAAGGGACAGACCAGUCCUCCGGCAAGGACGAGGACUUCAACAUCGUCCUUUCUUUUGGCUUUUCACGUGGUGACGAUGGCUCUUCGAGUUUGGAAUCGAGUGUUCGUAUCGUCCCGGGGAAGGCUGAUUCCGCGAUCUCUCGUGGUUGGCUCUGCUUCAUAUUUUUCUGGAUCCUAAUCUUCUCAAUGAUGAGCUUCAGGUUUGGGAACUAUAUAGGCGUCAAGUGAAAGCUGAAAAAAAAUUAUCUGAACUUGCCAGAUAUUUUUCUACUUAGCUUAUAACGCUACAUACGCCAAUUUUUUGCCAUUUUUGUUUAGUUUUGCAGUGGUUAAUAUAUAUCUAUAUUUAGAAACGUAGUAGAAUCUGGUUUGACUGAGGAUAUGUUAGUAUCUAUCAAUAUUUCUAUCUUUAACCCAA